GAUCUACCACCACCACCACAACCUCGCAUUGCAGCCGCGACGACCAGCAUGCCGAACUUGUCUCUCUCUGAACGUCCAGGUGGUCGAAAGAGAAGAAGUGGCUUCAGAGGGGAGAACACGAUGAUCCCGACACUGGUGAUGCUCUCCUUCAUGUUGAUGGUGAGCGGGGUGGCGGCGACCUACUAUGACUACGAGAACCAAGACAAAUGGGGAGGCUCCUGCAACACCGGGGAAAAGCAGUCGCCCCUCAACUUCCGGACGGUUUUUCCUUCUUCUUUUCCUCCACUCAUCUUUAAGAAUUACGGCCUCAUCAACAUCACUUUAGAAAUCGACGACCACCAUCUCAAAGCGAAUCUGGUGCCCCUGUCUCCAAACCGGCCUCAUCUUCUUGGUGGCGGCUUGAAUGGCAAGUAUGUGCUUGAUUCAUUUCACUUCCACUGGGGCAAGAACGACGAGGAGGGGUCUGAACACCGCCUGGCGGACUUCAGCUUUGCCGGGGAGAUGCACUUCGUUCAUUACAAGGAGGACCAGGUACAAGGACGUGACCCUGACGACGUGGCGGUGCUGGCAGUGUGGUUGGAGGCUCCUGUGGGCAACAGUGAUUAUGGCGAGUCUGACGACGAUGAUGCUGCAUCAGACAACUUCUGGCUACAUAACCUUGUACCCAACGGACCCUUCCUGAGCCACAUCUCUCGCCAGACUGUCUUGCGUUAUCUUCUCCCUGAGAAUGCGCGUAGCUUUUUCCGAUAUGAGGGGUCGCUAACAACACCCCCGUGCUCGGAGACUGUGGUGUGGACUGUGUUCCGGGAUCCGGUUGUUGUUCCUCGGCGAUUGCUGUACUUCCUCAGAUCUCUCCAGUCAGAUCACGGGAGACUUAUUUCCAGGAACUUCCGAAACGUACAAUACCAAGGAAACAGGAAGGUUUACUUCAGCGAUAUUCCUGACUGGCACUCCGAGGAAUUCAACAAGGUGCUGUGGAAGUGAGGCGGUGAUCCCUGGCAUUUAUAGACAUAUAUAGACACACACACA